UUAUCCUGAUUUAGAAUUCCUGGACAGCAAAAUGGGAAUUUUGGAAUUACUCGCUGUUCCCGUCCAAUCCCUGUCCAGAAUUACGACCAAGUCUACGCCCGUUUCAAAUGUUUUAGCCAAUAAGUGAGGUUUGCGGUCCAAAUGUCAGGUUUAGGCUUGGAAUCCUAACCAAGAAAAUGACUAGUAAAUUCCUUUUAAGUUUUUUGAAAAGUAGAAAUGUUUCUUUUAUUCGGCAGUUUGGCAAAUUUUCAAAGAAAGUUGAUAAAACUAAACAAAUUUCAUUUUUAAGUGUUAUUACUGGAGGAUUUGUUUUUUAUUCAUCAUUUAGGCUUUAUGAGUCAAAUACUGUACAUGCUGCUCAGAACAAAAAUGAUGAAGAGGUGAAGAUUAUAAAAUUAACAUCAAGGGAAAAAAGAUUUAUAAAAUUUGCUUCUGUGGAAUAUGAUGGACAGUUAUAUAUGACACCACAAGAUUUUCUUGAGUCAGUUGUUGAGGCUGAUCCGAGACCGCGUUUUAAAAGGAGAGUUUUAAAUAGAAAAGAUAUUGAAAUCAUCAGAGACAAUACUCCUCCAUUAAGUCAGGGUAGUCCACACUUGUUCCGAGCUUUAAGAGAUAAAGGAAUUAUUUCAUACACUGAGUAUUUAUUUCUACUUUCGAUUUUGACAAAACCUCAGUCAGGAUUUCGUAUAGCAUUCAAUAUGUUUGAUACAGACGGAAAUCAAAGGGUUGAUAAAAAUGAAUUUCUAGUGAUAAAAAAAUUAUUGGCUGGUAAAAAAUUUGAAGACAGUGAACCCAUGGAAAAAAUAUUUAGUCAUGCUUGGAAAGGAAAAAGAGGAUUGGCGCCAGAAGGCGAGGAAUUAGAAUCCACGCCAGUUCAAGAGCAAUAUGUUAAUGAUGAGCAGGGAUUACAAAGACGACAUUUAGUCGACACAACCCUGUUAAUUCACUUCUUUGGACCUAAAGGAAAUACAGAUUUGAAUUUUGAAAAUUUCAGAAAAUUCAUGCUUCAUUUGCAAACCGAAGUCUUAGAACUGGAAUUCAGUGAAUUUGCCAAAGGAUUGCCAACCAUUUCUGAAGUCGAUUUUGCAAAGAUUUUACUUAGGUACACCUAUUUAGAUACGGAUGAAUAUGAUAUGUAUUUAGAUAGACUCCUGGACAGAAUUAAGGAUGCAAAUGGUAUUACUUUUGAGGAGUUUUAUGUAUUCUGCCAGUUUUUGAAUAAUCUAGAAGAUUUCAGUAUUGCAAUGAGAAUGUAUACUUUAGCUGACCAUCCGAUAUCAAAAGAUGAGUUUCAUCGAGCUGUCAAGAUAUGUACAGGUACCAAUCUAAGCUUACAUAUAGUUGACACUGUGUUUGCUAUUUUCGAUGAAGACGGAGAUGGACUUUUAAGUUACAGAGAAUUUAUCGCUAUUAUGAAGGAUAGACUGCAUAGAGGAUUUAAGACUUAUGCUAAAAAUGAAGGCUGGCAAGCGUUUAAAAAUUGCGUCAAGCAAGAAAUGAAGUCAAAAUAAAGGUUUCAGGCUUCCAAAGAAGAAACCUAUCAAAUUUUAAAAUGUUGCUGUUUUUUUAAGGUUGUGCUGUAAUGAUACUAUUUAUUACAUAUUGCUUCUAGUCACUAGAUAUAAUUAGCCACUUGAUAGAUAAAUCUUUGGUGUAAAACGUGUGCCAUAUAUUAAUGUUAUUAUUAUCUAUUUUUUGCGUUGUUUGAAAUAAAUAAUUUUUCAGUUUUA